UUGUGGCGGGGCCGCCAAAAGAGAAACAACCGCAGCAGAGAAACGAUGGUUUCCCAGAGAGUGGCAGCAGCUGCGGCAGCGAACAUCCGCAGGUUCGUGUGCGGUCAACUCCGCCAUGAGCCCGACCUGAGCACACUGACCUUAGGAAUUUUAAAAAAGCGAUAUUUGGCUCUGGUAGGACAAGAAUCAUUAAGUCCUGAGGCCAGAAGUUACAUGAAACUGGUGGUUGAAGAGGAACUGAUGAAAAUGCAGGACAGUGAUGAAAAUGGAGACGAGCUGGAGACCAAGAAGCCACAAAACAAAAGGAAGAGAGAAAAGGAAAAUAACGAGGUGAGAAGUGGGAGAGAAGAUGAAGAUGAAUCCAGGGCAAAGAAAUCCCGUCGUCAGUCAAGCUCCUCUUCAGAAUCUGAGGAUGAAGAGUGCUGCAAAAAAGGAAGUGAGGAGAGUGUCGAGGAAGACCCAACAAAACCUGGAUCUGGAUCUGAGGAAGCAGAGCAAGAGGUGAAAAAAUCCCAGCGAAAAACAAAUGGAAAACUUAAACAGAGAAAGGACCGUGAAGACUCAACAGAUGAGGAAGUGAAUGAGUCAGAAAAGAAAGGGAAUGAGAGUAACUGUGGUGACAGUCCGAGAGAAAUGGGUGAAAGGAAAGGAGAUGCUACAAAGAAUGGCGAGACAAGUCCAGGAAAGAAAACACCAGAGAGUGAUGGAGAGAGUGAAACUGAAGCAGAUAAAUACAAAAUCAAUGGUAAUGAGUCCUCAGACAACAAUGAAAAAGAAGAAAAGGUCCCAGUGGAAAAGAAGAACAACGACGCAGACUCGGAUUCAUCAUCGCUCCCGUCUUUGGACGACGACAAGGAUAGUGGGGCAGAAAAUAAUCAAGAUGGUGAUAACAAGAAGAAAACUUUGAAAAAAGAGGAAAACAACAAAAAAGAAAGAAGUGGUCAAAAGGAUGACAACAAAGCAGUUGUAAGGCUCAAGCGCUACAUUGCUCUCUGUGGUGUGAAGCGGAAUUACAAGAAGCUCCUGGAUGGCUGCCGUUCUGUUCGCUCCAUGGUGGCUGUUCUGAAGAAGGAACUUGAAGAUCUUGGUGUCCAUGGUAAUCCAUCUAUAAAGAAGUGCAAAAGUGUCAAAGUGAAGAGAGAGGAAGAUCAGGAGCUAGCUGAACUUGAUGUCAGCAACAUCAUUGCCACACAAGGUCGUCCUAAACGCAGAGGAGCCUUAGCACGGCAGGAACAUGACGACCCUCCGUCCUCUACAUACAAGCGCACUCUGAACUCCGGCUCUGAUAGUGAUCAGGAAAACGAGGUACGCAAAGGGCACAGACGAGCAACGGACUGGGCCAACCUGCAGGGGAUCAUCAGUGAUGAUGCAGACAGUGACUGACGGGGUCACUUCCUGUUCCCCUCCCUCCGGAAUAGUCUACAGACCUUUUGGGGGGGGGGGGGGGGUUAAUAAAAAGUACAGUGGUGUUAUGAUUAUUAUA